UUUCAGUCAUUCCAUGCACAUGCCGAGGACGCGCAAGGUGAAGUCUGCUGCCUGAAUGGAUGAGCUGAAUGCAUGCUGAACCACGGUCGAUCUCGACAUUUAAUUGUUUAUUCUUCAUUCUUUGAUUUUCGUAACACCGAUUAAGAAGCAUCAAUUGACGUCUUUGUGCCACCGUGCCAAGAAAUCGCCUCCUUCCAGCCCUUUUAGGUGAGGUUGGCUUUGUCCUAAAGCACAAAAUCGGUGACAUUUGGACGAGAUGGAUAGUUUGGAGAAGGAAAAUAGGUCAGACGAAGAAAUAGAAUCAUCUGAGGAGGAAGUAGACCCCAGAAUCCAGGGGGAACUUGAAAAACUCAACCAGUCCACUGAUGACAUCAAUAGAUGUGAAACGGAACUAGAGGAUGCAAGGCAGAAGUUCCGCGCUGUUCUGGUGGAGGCUACAGUGAAGCUGGAUGAACUGGUGAAGAAGAUUGGCAAGGCUGUUGAAGACUCCAAACCAUACUGGGAGGCCAGGAGGGUAGCCCGCCAGGCUCAGCUGGAGGCCCAGAGAGCUACGCAGGACUUCCAGAGGGCCACAGAGGUGCUGCGGGCUGCCAAGGAGACCAUCGCCCUGGCCGAGCAGAGGCUGCUGGAGGACGACAAACGCCAGUUUGACUCUGCCUGGCAGGAGAUGCUCAACCAUGCCACACAGAGGGUCAUGGAGGCAGAGCAGAUAAAAACACGUAGUGAGCUGGUGCACAAGGAAACAGCAGCCAAAUACAACGCUGCCAUUGGCCGUAUGAAGCAGCUGGAGAAGAAGCUCAAACGCACCAUCAACAAGUCAAAGCCUUACUUUGAACUCAAGGCAAAGUACUACCUACAGCUUGAGCAACUGAAGAAGAAUGUGGAUGACCUUCAAAGUAAGCUUAGCCAGGCAAAGGGGGAGUACAAGACAGCUCUGAGGAACCUGGAGAUGAUCUCUGACGAGAUCCACGAGCGGCGGCGUUCUUCUGUCAUUGGCCCGCGAGAACGAGGAGUGGGUGCCGAGGGCGACGGAGUCAGUGUCACGGGAGACGAUGUGGCCAGUUUCAAGCUGGAGUCAGAUGGCAUUUCCAUGACCUCUGAGACUUUUGAGGAUGAGAAUCGGAGUACCUGUGCCAUGUCCGAGGAAGACUCCGAGACCCAGUCCACCUGCAGCCUGAGCUCGGGGCCCAACAGUCCCCUGGAGCUGCCCUGUCCCUUCACCUUAGCCACCCCAUCACCUUCCUCUUCCUCCUCGUCUUCCUCUUCCUCUCCCACCCCCUCGACCCGGCCCUGCAGUCUGGACCUGCCCAGCACUGUGUCCCUGUCAGACUUCGGCCUCAUCUCCCCCAUCCUGGGCCCUCGCAGUGAGUGCAGUGGCGCCUCAUCCCCAGAGUGUGACCUUGAGAGAGGUGACCGAGCCGAAGGAGCGGAAGCUGAGCUGGACAACGCUCUCAACAACAACAACAGCAGCAGCAGCAACAGCAGCAACAGCAUCAUCAAGAGGAGCUUCAGUCUGGAGACGCGCUUCCGCUUGCUGUCCCUCAGGCGCAGCCGCACAGAUAGCGCCAAGAAUGCGGAGCGUGACCGCUUCAGCCUGGCCCGCCAGCCCUCCCCCUCUGUGCUCGUGUUGAACGGGGUGUAACGCUACCAUUCGCUCCGACCUUAAAACGAUCCCCACACAUGACAUCCACCACCCCCACACCUACUUAUUCUGUGUGCAAAGGAAAUCAGCCCCCCCAAUCCCCAACCCCCACCCCAACACUCCAUGUACUCAUGACAUUAAUUCAAGACUUUCAUGACGCCAUGUAGAUGGAUGUUUACAAUUUUUUUGACUCACUGCUUGAAGAAGGUUACUGAGGGUCUACACGGGUUGUACCAACUAAUCUUUGGCAGGAGGAUACGAAGGUCGUAGGAGUAUGGAAGUUGUGAUUGAGUUUCUCAGUGGGACGUUGGACAUUUGAUGCGUCAUCAGUCGGGAUACACCUGAAGAUGGAGCAUUUGGUGGGAACUUGCAGAACAGCAGGAU